GUGUGUGUGUGUGUGUCUGUCUGUCUGUCUGUCUGUCUGUGUCUCUUGCUUCCUCUCAUCAUCAGCCUGUUGCUGCUGUUGUCAGGGAAACCCUUUUACCGGUACCGGCUCACCUUGCACUGCUGGAUUUUCACUAAAUAUUUGAACGUCCCUGCUGCCCUCCUACUAACUAGUGUAUGUGUGGGGCAGUGUGUGUGAGUUUACUGUACAGCCAGUGCCUGUGUGAUGUGAUCCUUUUGACAAGUUUACAGAACAGGCCCAGCGAGGAGGGGAGAGGAGAGGGGGGGCUGCAGUAAGAGUGGUGACAGCAGCAUCUCUUGAGGAGUGCAAUCUUUCCAGCUUUCUUCCCCCGGCCAGUUUUUUGGAUUAAAUCUUAUUUUCUAAGCCAGACUACGAGAGCUCAUCCUCCAGACUGUCGCACUCUGUGUCUCACUCUGUGUCUCACUCCGUUGCUCCGCCUGGCACUGCCAUCGUCAGCAGGGCACAGUGGGCAGCUCUGUGUGUCUCUUUCACACUUCAUCUCUCUGUACUUGUUUCUUUUCUUACCGUCUCCUUUUUCUCUACACUUUCAUUUCCUACAUCUUCUCUUCCUCGUUGCUCUCUUCUUCCUGCUGUCUAAGAGACAGAGCAGCAAUAUGCAGCGAGAGGAAUUGGCUUCAAGCAUUACCUCAUAGCUGUCUUCGCUGAGGAGAGGGCUUUUAGGGGUGACCCCACCACCCUCUGGCGUCCACCACUUACCUGCCCCCCCGCCGUCCCCACCCACCACUGCAGGGUGGGAUGGGCAGGGGCUGGGCGAGUUAGCCAGGGGACCGAGGGAUAGCAACAGGGCAGGCCAUGCCAGAGAGUAAAAGACAAGGUGGAGGUGGGGGCUCGGGCCAGUGGAAGCUGAGGAAGGGAGGCAGCCGCUCGGGCCAUCCGGCACUCUUCACCAUCACUGAGGAAGAGGAAGGGCUGAGACGGAGAGAUGCUCGCAAGAGGAAGAAAAGAGCGUCUGACUCCCAGUAUAUAUCGGAGGAUGGCAGAAGGUCUACGUCCGCCACCCGCCCCAGCUCCUCGGGCUCGGGGCGCACCUACAGUCCCACCCUGACCCCCACCCCCAACACCACCCCUACACAGACUCACACCACCACCAGCAACAGCCCCAGUAACAAUGCUGCCAACAGACCAGACUCAUUGCUCUUCAACAAGAUCGACGAAAGACAGAGGUUAGCCCGUGAGCGCCGGGAUGAGUGUGAGAAACAGAACGCCGUCAAGGAGACCCAGUGGCAGGCGCGUGAGGAACGAGCCCGGCAGCACUAUGAGAAGCAGCUAGAGGAGAGGAAGAGGAGGCUGGAGGAGCAGAGGGUGAAGGAGGACAAGAGACGGGCUGCCGUGGAGGAGAAACGGCGGCAGAAACUGGAGGAAGACAAGAUUCGUCACGAGGCGGUGAUGCUUCGGACGUUGGAGAGGAGCCAGAGAGCCAGACAGAAGCCCAACCGGUGGUCUUGGGGAGGGCCGAUGCACACAAACAAUCCCACCACGCCAACCGGUUUUGUCGAGUCGGCUUUCCUCUAUCCACUCGACCUUGCCGGACUGGAGCACAUGCAGAGUGCUUUCAGUCUCUACCGCAGAUACGGAGUGACCUCUCAAUAUGCUGACAGGCGGUCAGUGUCCACAAUGAAUUUAUCCAAACACACAGACCCUGUUAUAACCAAGCGCCUCUCCUACUCCUCUGCCACACUCCUACACUCACCAGACCGAGGCUUACAGAUGAGGACAGCUUCGUCUCCUGUCAUUAGUAAAGCUCAGUCCAAAUCCCGCCUUCACCAGGGAAUGACAGCUCAGCACAAAAACACAGGAAUGCGCCAUCUUCCCCUGACGCCAUGGGAGAGCAACGUCGUCAACCGCCUGCAGCAGCCCACACACUCCUACCUGGCUCGGAGCCGCAGUGCCAUGAGUCUGUCUGGAGAUCAAACAGCCAUACCUGUUUGUCCUCGCUCAGUGUCCUGCCACCCCAUGGGCUCCAUGUCCUUCAAAGCCCUGCAGGCCCAGCCGCUGCCUCACUGCCGCAGCCAGGAGAGGAGCCUCAGCCGGGGGACGGGGUCCUCUGCCCCCACCACUGCUCGCAGGAGGACCGCCGGCAGCACACAGCGUAAGGACCGGGACAAUGUCAGGAAGUCAUGGAGCAACCUGUCUCUCCCAUUGGCUCCCAUUCUGACUUUGCCCCCCAACAAGCGCUCCUCUUCUCCAGGCAAAAGGAACCGAAAAGUAACAGCGCCCCCUCCUGGCAGGCCUCCACAAAAGUCCCCAGGGCGCCCACCCACCCCAAAGCAGCUUAAGUCUCCGGGGGCAGAAGACCCUGGAAAUCUUCGUCCUUUCAGGGUCCCACACGCGAGUCCCCAACCCACCAGAGCCCCAGGGGAGGAGGAGGAAGAGCAGGUCCUCAGUCCUCCUCAGCCUCGCCCCCAGCCGCUGGGUCAGAACAGGAGCGGCAGCGAGCAGACACCAGAGAGUGCAAGCAGCCCUCCAGCCCACAAGACCUCAGCAGGCACGACAGAUCCAGAGGAGGCGAGUCGUAUCCUGGCUGAGAAUCGCAGACUGGCCCGAGAGCAGAGGGAGAGAGAGGAGGAGGAGCGCAAGCAGCAGGAGGAGCAGCAGAGGAUAGCGCAGGAAGAGAUGGCUCGCCGUAAGGCAGAGGAGCGAGUGAAGAGAGAGGAGGAGGCUCAGCGUCAGGGAGAGGAGACGAGGAAACAAAAGGAGGAGGAGGAGAGAAAGGGCGAGGAAGAGAGACUUCAGAAAGAGAAAGAGGAGGCGGAGAAACUCCAGAAACAGAAAGAGGAGGAAGAGUCGCGACAGAGGGAGGAGGCAGAGCGGCUGAGGAAGGAGAGAGAGAAACACUUCCAGAAAGAAGAGGCUGAACGCUUGGAAAGGAAAAAGCGUCUGGAUGAGAUCAUGAAGAGAACAAGACGUUCAGACCCAUCAGACAAGAAAGUUGUUCCCAACAGAAACGGAGAAAAUGCAGAGACCCCUGCCACUCCCAGUCCAUCUGCAGUAACCCCCUCACCGUCACUCAAUAGCAACGGUGGUCAACCAGACCCUGAAACCUCAGCACUGAGCCAUACUGACCAGAGGGAGAACGGGGAGUUUGAGGAGGUGAUCGUACUGCCUUCACAUUCCAGGCUGUCUCCUCCUGAGGGAGAGGAGCAGCAGCAUGAGGAGGAAGAGGAGGGCAGAGUUCCUGUCAUAGCCUUCAGGGAGAACGGCCUCCUAAAGCCUCUGAGCGGAGCAGAGGACAUAUCAGCCCAGCAGGGACCGGACGUUGCCUGAUGCCCUGUUAGGCCGACGUGAUUCCACACCCAGAGAGACAGGAAGUGAGACGGCCACAGAGCGGUAACAUAGGGCUGUUAUCAAAGCGAGACCCUUCCAGAGGACUACUUUCUCUCCCUCCCGCGACAGAAGAGAAACGCGGCCACUUCCCAAAGAUGGAGUUUCCAAAGAUCUGCCUAAAGCCUCUCCAGAAAGAAGUUACUCUCCCCCCGAACAAACUCUCUGAGGAACAGACACUCUCUCUGUCUCCCAUCACUCUGUCAUUACGUUCUGUGUACAGCCCCAAACCCCCCCGAUUCUGAGGUGAAUCUGAAAUCACAGGAGCAUCGAAUGCCCCCUCGUGACUCUCUAAAUGUGUGUGAAUGAACGAGAGAUUAAUAAUAAUGUAAACUGAGAUCAGCUGUAAAGUCUUCAGCCCUGAUACUUGAAGAGAUUUUUUGUUGUUGUUACUGUAGAACACACUGUGGCGUUAUAACUGGAACUCGCACAACACGCUCCGAAUGACACGGUUUCAUUAACGCGUUUUAUCUCUUUGACCCAACGUUUCUAUUGAAAUGUUACUGAAGAGAUACAGGAAGGAAGUCGGUGCAUGAAGUUGUAUUAUGACUACAGGAAAGUGUCAUGUAAUGUAAUAUAUUUUUGCUGUGUUUAAGACUAGGAAGUUAUUAAUGUGGGCGUGGGAGGAUCAUGAAAAUAAUGAUUUUUUUAGUUUUAUUUAAUUGCUGUACAGAUGAAAUGUGAUUCUUUGUUUUGUCCUCCAUACGGUUGUAAAUGGAGCAGAAAAAAUCUGCUUAGUCGUUAAACCCCUUUCCUUCAUUUACCCUUUACAUUUAUCCCAUCGCUGACUUUUGUUUUGGCCAAGCAAAUACAAAGUGAAUUAAACUAAUAUGGUGGUAAUGUUAAAGUAAUGUUUUGUUGAUUGAGGAAUUAUAAGACGAAAUGCUGCUAAUUUAGUUCCUUUGCCUUACCGCAUUAUGGCAAGUAUGAUGUCACUUGUCUCUCUCAAGUGAAGAUAUGCAUUCCCAGCGUGAGCUUUGACAUUUUGGACACAUGCCAUAACUCUCCAGUGACUUCUGCUUGAUGUAUGUUAACGAAUAUCAAAGCCUGUGAUGAAAUGUCGUCAUAUAAAGGCUAUAAUGUCAAAGCUAUCUGUCCUUUCUACUCUCUUAGCAUUUGGUUCUCAAACCUCUGCACUUUCCUCUUAGUUAUAAUAUUGCAGUACCACCAAAAAUGGAAGGAUACUCCAGAAAGAUUCCUCAUGUCUUGUUUAUGUAGUGCUGGUUUCUGCCAGUGGUCAAAGCUUGAAAAUAAACUGCUUGUAAAUGACGUUAUACAUACAUGUCCUAUAAAUUAUGUUUAAAAGCUGAUAUAUUUUACUAAGAACACAAGGCUUUGAAAACUGGAAAGCUUUUACUACGAAGAGGGGCUGUGGGAGAUCUGUGAACCACUGUAAAACUGAUCACUGUACAACUGCUGGCAAGUAAAUAAAACGUUUUGAAUUGACGAUU